UCAGAAGCGAAUCGCUCACCCUUCUCUCAGAUAUAUCGCAGAGAGUGAAAGCGCGAGGAACGCUCCUCUGCGCCCGCGUGUUUGCGUUUUGAGUGAACCGAGGUGUGUGUCGUUCACGGGUUAUCUCAAUUCAAGUACCACCGAUAACACACCACCAUCGCGUGCUUCAGAUCCAUCCAGCAGAGCGGAGCCACGGAGAAAUGCGGCCGAGGGUUUUCGUGCUUGCGCUGACGCCGCCGUCGCUGUUGCUGCUGCUUUGCGCUUUGGCGGCCGCCAAUUUCGAGGACAACUUCAAAGACUGUCACCCCAACGUUUCGGGUUUCGACGUUUGCGUGCGGGAAGGACUGAAUGCGAUUCGGCCUUAUUUCAAAACCGGUCUACUGCAAUACAACGUGCUCCCGUUCGACCCCUUUUACGCCAAAGAGAUAACGGCUAAGAGAGGCGUCCAGAAUUUUGGCUUCACCUUAACACUCCGCAAUGUCACCGAGCACGGAUGGUCACUCAGUAAAGUGACGAAAUUCGUGUUCGACAUGAAGAAUUACAAGAUCGUGUACACGCAAAGUUUUCCGGAAAAGUCGCUGACGGGUAGCUACGAAUUUAAGGGUACACUCUUCAGCACCAGCAUUGUCAAUAAAGGGACGUUCACGAUGACUCUGUACGAUUUGAUACAAACGACCACCGUGACGAAACUGCCAGGCCAAAAGAUACGCGCUCAGAUGGACGUGCAGACUAUUAGAGACAUGAAGCUCCACAUCAGGAAUAUCCUGUCUGGCAAGGAGUUCCUUGAGAAUAUGCUCGACAAGAUAAUUAACGGCGCCUGGCAACCGGGUUUCGUGGUGACGCGUGGCUUGAUCAACGAACUUGUCUCGACAGCUUUUACGGAGAUCUUCGACACUAAUUUCCGCAAUUUCCCCUUCGACCAAAUCUUCAGGCCAAGCACGUCGUCUAAAACUUCAGCCACGAACUCAACGACGACGAGACGACACGGGGUUGGUGCUGGAGCCUCGUUUACUUAAUGGAUGCACGUAACGAAUGAAAAGAAGCUCGCUCCUCGGCGAGCUGCUGUGAGAGCGUUAUGCGAGAGCGAAUUUCGUUCGAUUACUGGAGCCUCGCGACUCUCCCGUUGCGCUUACAUCAUCGUUUUCGCUAUGUGCGUGCGCGAGCGUGUACGAAUUAGCGCAUUGAAUACACGUGUACGUGUACCUAUCCAUGUCCAUACAGCAAAUAUACACACCACCUUUUCUACGAUCUUAGGUAUGUUUUUUCCUCGCUGAACUAGGUUGCACUUUUUAUCUUUAGAGCGAUUACCGAGUGGUAUAACUUAGGCAGCGAGCACAGAGAAGAACGUAAGCAGUAAGACUUAAGUUAUAAGCAAAUUGACCAAUCAUCAGGUGAUGUUCUCCUUACAAUCCAAGGAUAAUCAAUUGUGACCGGUUAAUCUUCUUACUGCUUAGGUCGUAUUGCUUACGUUUUCCAGUGUGUCAUGGUUCUUAGUGUUGAAAGCAACAGGAACGGAGUUCCAUUGCGACAGCAGUCCAGCUGGAAAGAACAGUUUCAGCGUUUCUCAGCCUGAAGAUUCCCGACGACCUUAACGUUCGCUGCGCUUCUGAAUCAGCAUUGUCCUACAUGCGCGUGCAUUGCUGGUGCAUGAACACGGUGUACACGUUUUCCGCCGAGCAUCACAUACGCUCGCGGAAUGCUAAAAGCCUUUGAUCGGAGCAACGCGGGACGAAUGAGUCUCUUUUACCUGAAUAGUCGCUCGCCUUGAGGAGCCCCGGUCUUUGACCCUGCAUUCUUAUAAGACAUGUGGGAACAUCGCACCCGUCGUGGCAACGAGAGAAAGUGCAUUGACAUGUGGAUAUUGUGAAUACGCGAAUUACGAUGUGUCAUUGAUUUCGAUCGUUGACACUUGAGCCACCGAAUUCUAAUCGAUCGUCGCUGCCAUGCAGCGGCUUUGCUCAAUUUGUCUUAUAAAUCUCAUAAAUCAGUUUCAAUAUCCAAAUCCGGAAUUCACAAGGUUGCCCACCUUCGAAGAAAGACACGGGCGAGACGCGUUGUGCAUAAAAAAGCUUUAUACGCUCUACGAGAACGCGACACCUCGAGACACUGAGAAAGAAAUACUUGGAAAUUUAUUUGCGUGGGAUAUAAAGUUUAUUCACGGAAAUCAAACUUCACUUUGCUUCACAGAAAUAAACUUUAUCUCCUACAAAUAAAUUUUAAUUUUUCGUUUUAGUGUAAGUAUGGUGAUCGACGAUUCAUGCGGUAAAUUUGAGUUGAAAUUGCGGUUCUACGUUAGUCUUGCAAAUUCUGUCGAAAUUGAAGGAUCAAUGGGGAAUCUCAAAGCAUUGUACAGGCUAUUGCCUUUCCUUGAUUAUAUUCGCUAUUAAUAUUUAUUAUAUAGAGAACAAAGUUUGGUUAUGUUAACACGAAGUUUGAUCUAAGUGAGUGAACCAACGCGUUUUGGUUGGAGAAGACGGAAUUUCUGGUUCUUGUAAUCAAAUUUGAAUCAUAAGAAAUUCUCCUUUUACCAGAAUUGGCAGGGUUAAUAUGGGAUCAAAAUUUUGGCUUAAGGAUCGAGUCUUUCUGCAUCCGUAAAUCGUUAAUUAGAAACUGAAGUAACGACGAAAAGGUUAGUGUCAGAGUGAGAACGUUUUCAAUGCCAGGGUCGCUGGAACCGGCAUGCAAAAUGCCUACCAAACUUGACCUCUAUCCGUACAAAUAUCACUUUUAAUUUCGAACAAAAGUGACGGUUCAAGAGAGUGUACUGACCGUCUCGAGGACGAUCCGGCUUGUUUGCACAAUGAAUUACUUUUUUUUAUCAGAAAGAAGGAAGCUCUUAAUAAUUGAAUUGUCAAACAUCGCCGAGGUUGUUCAGGUCGAACCGAAAUCCGGUUCCUUCCAUUUGCGCCUUCACCCCGUCGUUCUCACGAGCCCCUGUCGGGACUUUCCGAUCGUUUCAGAUGCUAGUCGAAUGACGGGGCAACAAGAAAGCCGUGGUGCGGGACGCGAUCUAACUCGCGCGGAGUCUCGCGCGUGCAUGUCGGAAACGUGACACGAAACGAACGUGAGCGAGUCGAUUAACGGUGCUUAACAUGUCCGCGGCUCCUAAUUCGGCCCGUCUUUGACGUCCGUGCUGACGUCCGUCGAGUACUUUCCUUUAGUUCAGACUCGUCGUCCAUUUUUAUAGUCGAUUAUCGAUUCCGCGACACGUCCUGUACCUGCUAUUCAGCCUUUGUUCGCUUGCGAUGGGCCUGUGCGUUCAGAUAUUCAGACCGUGGUGUCUACUACUCGCCUAAAUUGCGCAAUUUAAUAAACCGCACGAUCGCGCCGGCGGAUCGCAUUCGAUUUAGCGCACGCGACCGCCUAAUUAGCUGGCGGAGAAAAGUGCUCUUUUCUUCUCUUCUCAGCGCGAUCCGUCGUUCACCGUGCGUCGGUCGUUAAAGCGCGUACCACUUACUGCCGCUACUGCGCGGCUAACAGAGAAAGAAAGUCAUAACAAACGCCGGCAAUUAUCGGGAAAGUAAAACGCACCGAUACAUCAAAUUAAUCAGCGUGUUUCUUCGUUCCCACUAGGAGACGAAGUAUCCGCGUCGUCGGUCAAAGCAAAAGAGCGGUGUCACGUUUUAUGGGAACAUCAUCCAAUGGCCUGUUGUUUACUAUGGUUAAUUUCCAGCUGACCUCGGUGGGAAUUAAUAAACGAUCUUUCGUGAAGGUUACACCGCUCCUUUUCGCUCUUUAUUGCACCGUAAAAAAACAACAAUAAAAACAUUUAUGUAGCGAAACCCGUAGUUCAAUUAUAUCACGAACGUUCAUCAGAUCGACUCGAGCAGACCUGCUCUAAAAUUAGAAAGAGUAAAACGAAAGGAAACCAAAAGAAAGACGAGAGCAGCUUGGACUGAAAAAAAUUUAGAUAUAACAUGAUAGAACGGGCGAAUAUGAACUACAGCUAAUGACAAUUACAUGGAAUUUUGCAAAAUGCAGUUAAAAUUUUGCGUAUUCGUAUCGGCUCUUCGAUGUUCAGCUCGUUCAGUUAUUCUUCCACUUAUAAAACGCUCUGAGAAAGAACAAAAGGGUUCUUUCAUACAUUUCAAUAACGUAUGUAAGAUUCAUAUUAAAGGAAUGCUAAAGUCGAUGACGAACAAUAUCGAUAACGUAGAGACGAUCGUUACUAAUACAAUCACUCUAUUCUUUUCGUAUUUCUUAUAUAUACAGAACUUACGUAAA